AUGGCGACGCGGUGGACAGAUCGGGUUGUCAGAUUCCUGUCACGCUGCUGUGGCUCCAGUUGUGUGACUGAAGAUCCACCUGAUGAUCCGCCGGCUGUAGAGAAAGGGCAACAGACCUCGGAUUCUGAGACUAUAGAGGAGGUAGAGGAAGGAGCCGUCUAUAUUCUCAAACUCCGGAAGGUGCCUCUCCAACAUUCAGUCAAUGAGGGGCAACAGUGGCUGGAUGUGGAUGGAGAUCCUGCCCUCGGUUCAUGCGUGGGUCGGACCAUGAAGGCUGGCACCCUGGAGAAGUUGGUGGAGCACAUGGUGUCAGCCUUUCAAUGGAACGACCACAUGCACAUGAACAUAUUCCUCGGCACCUACCGAGCUUUUGCCACCACAGAGCAGGUGCUGAACCUGCUGCUCAACAGGUUUGGCAAACUCCCUGAGCCGACCUCAGAAGGACCAACUCCAGAAGAUCAAUCAGGGCUGAAGAACACCGUUGCAUCCAUCUUGGGUGCGUGGUUGACUCAGUAUCCUGAGGAUUUCUGGAAUCCUCCAGACAAUGGAUGCCUGCAGAGCUUAACAUCUUACCUGCAGCGCUACUUCCCAGGAUCUGAUCUGGAGCGACGGGCCCUUGAUCUGCUGGAGCGUUUCCAUCACAGCUCUGAGGUUGAGCCUGAAGGUGACCCCUCCACCUUCCCCUUCGCCAUGCCGGAGGAGAGCAUCUUAGAGAAGGAAUUCUGCCCCACUGAAUUCCUGUCCUUCAGUCCUGCUCUGGUGGCUGAACAGCUGACAGUCAUGGAUGCGGAGCUGUUUAAGAGGGUUUUGCCCUACAAUUGUUUGGGUGGCAUCUGGUCCCAGCGAGACAAGAAAGGGAAAGAGCACCUGGCCUCCACCAUAAUGGCCGCUGUUGCUCAGUUCAACAGUGUGGCCAAUGCUGUUGUCGUCACCUGUCUGAGUAACAGUGCUCUGGCACCCCCUCAGAGAGCGAAGCUCAUUGAGCAGUGGAUAGAGGUCGCCAAGAGGUGCCGAAUCCUGAAAAGCUUCUCCUCUCUAAAAGCCAUCCUGUCAGCUCUCCAGGGCACUGCAAUCGAUCGACUGAAGAAGACCUGGGAUGAGGUGUCAAGAGAAAACUAUCACACGUUCCAGGAGUUGUGUGUCCUCUUCUCACAUGACCUGAACUAUGCCCGGAGCAGAAAGCUUCUCAUUGAGGAGGGCACCUCAAAAACAGCCAUUCUCAAGAUGAACCAGAAAGAAGCCCAAAGAAAACCCCAGCAGCAGAGAGACAUGGGGGUCAUGUAUGGAACUGUUCCAUUCCUUGGAACUUUCCUUACUGACCUUGUCAUGUUAGACACAGCGUUAAAAGAUCAUCUUGAGAAUGGGCUGAUCAAUUUUGAAAAAAGGAGGAAGGAGUUUGAAGUAAUUGCUAGGAUCAGGUUGCUUCAGCUGACCUGCAGUUACUAUCAGUUCACACGAAACCAGCACUUCACUGAGUGGUUUAAGAGAUUAGAGACACUUACAGAGAGAGACAGCUACUCUCUGUCCCAUGAGAUUGAGCCACCAGUGAAUAAAAAGAAGCAUGUAGGCAAGGAGUCGGGCUACAGCAGUGGAGGACCUUCUAACUCGAACAGUGCCGAGCUUGCGUCUGGUUCCUCUUCCAAGCUCUCUGAGACAUCCACCUCUUCAUCUGAAACAAGCUUGGAACAGGACUCUGGCUUUAGCAGCUCCACCUCUAUUUCAGUCUCCGCCUCUAAAGGACAAGCCUUCAAGAGUCCUGGUGUUUCUGACUCCUCCUCCCUGUCCAUGCCCUUGUACAACCAGCAGGUGAACAACUGCUGCGUCAUCAGGGUCAGCCUUGAUAUUGACAAUGGCAAUGCUUACAAGAGCAUCCUGGUUACUAGCCAGGACAAAACACCUGUCGUCAUCAGGAGAGCCAUGGACAAACAUCACUUGGAGAGUGAGAAGUCAGAGGACUACGAACUGUUACAAAUAGCCUCAAAACAGCAAGAACACAGAAUGUCAGAUAAUGGGAAUGUUUUUUAUUCCAUGAACUCAUCUGGCAACUAUGACUUCUUGCUGAGGAAGCACGGGACUCCAAAUGCCUUACAGUCAAAGAGCUUCCAGAGCCAAAAUGUACAACACAGGGAGCGUAAAGGGUUUAAAAUACCCAAAUGCUUUUUUUUUUAA